CCAAGGUACACAGAUCAACAGACACUUAAGCAGCGCCAUCCCUCGCCCAAUCCAGCGGUGGAGGGCUCGAGGAGUUGCUCCUCCUUCAACCCUCUUAUCUCCAAACCUCUCUUUUCUUAUCUCACCGGUCACGAAGACCCUUGCUCUUGCAUCCAACAGAUUGCCAUCGGGUGUCAAACUUGCAGGCACGACAUGCCGUUGCUAGAGAUAGUAGGGUGGCGGCAUCUUCAAUGCACACUGGGAACAAGCUGUGCUGGUGGCUCCAGAUUCCCUUCACAGCUCCGCGCCUAUUCGACAUGUACGUACUUCCAUUGCAGCUGAAACGUCUGAAUGUCAAGGCUGGGCCAGGGCAGUCUGGGUACACCAGAUUGAUGAGGCUCCCACCACACGCUUAUCUUUGCCAGUGGGCAUGUAUUGGAUGUCGUUAUCGCUUGCUCGGAUGAUGCGUGCUUUUGCGUGACUCGAGCGGGCUCACAUAAGAUACCUAUGUUGGCAUAUCUACUCUGAUUUUUCUGUUCUUGGUCUUUCUCGUUUUUCCCCUUCUUUCUUUCUUCUCAGCACAGAUGGUUGUUCUUUAUUCGCAUCCUAUGCUGUCCCCGGUCACGUCGUCCACGGGCCUGGACAAGACUGUGGCAGACUGCAGAUCUCCAUGGACAUCUCUAGGACCAGUUGACGUCUGUGGGAUGGAUAUUCUCAGGCGGUAAAACAGUCUGGGUAGGCAAUUGAUACAGCCAUGAGUGUGGCCGUUUUCGAAACAGUCCUUUGUUACGUCAGUCCCUAAUUGACUGGAGUGCCCAAGUGCUUUGUCUACAUUGAUAUCCCUUCUUGAUCCUGACCAACAGAAGAGCCUCGGGGUAUCGAGCCCGUCUUCUGAGUCCAAGAUGACUAGCCCUGAUGCCACUCUUGGAUAUGGGGUCCAAGACCGAAGGGACAAUACGUCGGCGAUUCCUGUCACUGCGCGUGGCCGUCGCUCUUUCCCCGUUCGGCAUUGCACAAUGUCAGGAAUCAGGGGAAGACCUAACGGUCUCUGGCACGAAGACUGUGCACGUGUCUUCCACGUCUACAAUAACAAUCCCGGCCCACUCGGCGAGCGCCAUCCCAAGUAGGAAUAUGCCGAAAGGAGAAGUCUACAUACUCCAGGGAUGCUACCGACCGAAUGCAGUCAGGAGCCUCGACACCAUGUUGGGUGAAGAUGCCACUAAUCCAAAUGGCACGGCGAGAGAUGGCAUGUCACUAUCGGCAUGUCUGGACCUCUGCAAAUUGCCUGCAUUGCCGGAGACUCAGUCAGAACAAGAGUACAGUCUCUACGUUGGUCUGUCCAAUGGAAAGGAUUGUUAUUGUGGAGGAUCGCUUGACACGACCGUUGAAGAGGUCAAGUCCACGAACUGCACCCUUCCAUGUCCUGGGAACAAUGCAAUAGCAUGCGGGGGCAGAGGCCACAUGCUAAUAUACAAACUAUCGACAUCGACAACACCCGGAGACAAGCACGGCGAUGGGCCGUACGAUGACAAUUCAGGGAAUGGAGGGAAGCCAGGCCUAAUAGCAGGGGUCGUGCUGGGGAGUAUUUCAGGGUUCGCGCUGCUUGUCUUCCUCAUCUUCUACGGCGCCAGGAUGGUCAAGAGGAGGAGGCAAAGGCGGGCGCACGGAAGUGACGAAAACGGAACCGGCCCGGGGGAUUUGGACGAAGCAAGAGACACGAUAUUUUCGGGCAGCGCCAAAGCCAACAAAACCGACCAAAGGGACGCCGAUCCUAUCGUGACAGACUUCGCGCCCUCAGCCGGCGAAAGGCGUCCUUCGAACUCAGUGCGGCACAAGGAGAUCCUCGCCGCCUCUACCGGCGCAGACUGGAGGGCAGGCAACCCUGAGACACCUCGCGCCGCCGUGAACGCAGCGCCGAUGAAGCAGCUAGUGACAAACGGGCCCCAUGAUGACAAAUGGGAGGACAUCCCCAAUACACCGACCAUACUAGUGCGGCAGCCUGAGAGCGUCGCGCAGAACCCGGGGCUCGGGGACAGGGCAUGGCAUAGACGUCGUCUCUCGGCACCUUUUCCUCCCCCGGGACAUCGAUACAGCGACAGCAGCAUGGCUUUCGGAGGAGCGGGCGGGCCCGAGCGAGCGGCCGAGGAUGCGCCGUCGCAAGGCGUGACGGAUGGGACGAGCACACCGUGGGAGGACGACUGGAAUGCCUUGAUGCCUGCACCACUGACCUUGCAGCCGCUUGGGCACCAUGCGAGCGGCGGCUCCGUGUCUCUCGCGGAGGACGGAGGACCGCUGACUGAGGAGUCUCUGUGGACUGUGGGCCAUUCCGAUGCCUCGCUAUCCGGUUCCUCGGGGGCGAGUUUGGAAGGGGAUUGGAGGACGGGAAGGAAAAUAGGCAAGACAGAAUGAAUAGGACCCUGGGCGCCAAUUUUUU